AUGCCGCUUGUAAAGAAGCUUGUAUACGGUUACGCCUUGGAUGAAGUUUUAAAAAACGCUACAAUAUCAGAUAUGCCAGAGAAUUUCAUUACACAAUAUGAUCUCAAUAGUGCACCAAACCUGCAAACAUUUUUAAACGAUGUGAUUCAACUAGUGAGGAAUAGAAUGCCUCAUUUUCCGCUUUCAAGAGAAGUAACCAAAAAUCCGUUCACUGUUUUAGCCAUGAUGAAUCAUAUUCACCAGUUUUAUGAACAGGCGAAUAUACAAUUACAACAGCAUGUACAGCCACAACAACUACCAGAACACCUAGCGCAACCCAUACAGAUAGAACAACCACUGGAACAACUACCAGCUCAAGCAGUGCAGCUAGUCUGUCCACAGGAACAAACAUGGUGGUCACAACAGCCUCGCCUAUUUUCUCUUUUAUCAAAUCUUAAAAAGCUUGUUAUAGCCUUUUAA